GCGGAAAGCCAGUGGCUUUUGUGCGCCCGGCGCUUCCGAGCCAUGGAGGAUCUGGGCCACGUGCCACUGCCAAACAACGCCAGCGCCGGCGGCGGAGUGCGAGUGCUGCAGCUGACGGACGUGCACCGCUUCCCGGCGGGGUGCCGCUAUUGGGACUGCCCCAAGGGGCGGCGGGUGGAGAUGGAGCCAGGCUACAGCACCUCGGGUGACGUGGCGAUCUUGGAGGCUGCGCUGAGCAACGCGGCGGUGCACUUUGUGGUGCUCACCGGGGACAUUUUGGAUGGGAGGCCAUUUGGAGCCCUGGGCGACAGGAGCGCCUGGCGCCCUGCCCUGGAGCAGCUGUUGGCGCCCAUUCAGCGCGCCGGGCUGCCCUGGACUUUUGUGCCUGGGAACCACGACGACGAUGAGUCCCCCUGGAGCCGGGAGGAUCUGCUGAAGAUCUACGACCUGCCGGGCUGCGCGUCCAAAGGCGCGAUGUCCUUCAACCACACGAUGACCAUCGGUUUUGGGGCGGAGGCAGACGAGGACGCGCUCCGCCUCUGGUUCUUUGACUCGGGGGGCAACAGCCCGGAUCCCGAGAUCCGCUACGGGACCUUCGGUGCGGACUGCGUCCGAGGCUUCGAAGACUUGGCGGCGCGGCUGCCGCCGAAAACGCCGGGCCUGGCGUUCUUCCACAUCCCGCUUCCUGAGUACGGGGGCUUGACGCCCUUGCACGGCACCCAGGGGCUCUUUGACUCGGCGCUGCGGGCGGGCAUGGUGCCUCGGCCCUGGUGCUGGGUGCCCUCCUUGGUGCGGGCGCUGGGCUUCCACCGGGCGGUGGGCUGCUCCAAGCUGAACAGCGGCAUCUUCGACGCCUUCGUGCGCUCGGGCCAGAUCAAGGCCACCUUCUGCGGCCACGACCACGCCUGCGACGCCAUCUUCCAACGGGCCGGCAUCUUCCUGUGCUAUGGCCGUGUCACCAGCACCACGCCGCCUAGCGAUUGGGAGGGCGACGCGCCCUUGCCCUUUGCGCCGGGGGCGCGGGUGGUGGCGUUUGAGCAGGGCCGACUGGCUACGUGGGUGGAGACUUUAGCCGGUGAGGAGCCAAAGACCCGCUUCCUCCUCGACUGAAAAGAAGA